GUGUAAACACCACUGUCUGAUUGAUUUGAGCUUUGAUCCGCAAUCAUUAUUAGCUUAAAGUUUCUAUUUAUCAUAAGUUAUUAUAUCAUUAGAGUUAUCAUCGAGUAAUAUUGUGGAUAGUGUUCUCUUUCCAAAUCGCAAAUCAAUCGCAUCUUUCUUGGUCUUGAUUAAUUGCCGGUUGCGACGAAUUAUUGUGUGCGGUGGCCCGUGUUUACCUUUGUGAAUUUCCAUCGGAUAUGUCCGAUUAAUUAGCCACGAACCUUGCUCUUCUGACAAUUCCAAGGCCUUCCUUCGAAGCUCAAUUUUUAUCCAGAGCUAUGUCGGUGCACAGUUUUCAAUUGUGAAUAUGUCCGGAAUUGAGAAAUUUCAAGACGCAACAUCAAUUUACUACCAUUUGCCUUCUGUUGGCCCAGAGUCAGCUAGGAAGAAUCAAUUGACAAGCAAUCUGCAGUAAUUUAGCUUUCUCAAUCAUAGUGCAAUUAGAUCAUAACUCAUUAAUCAUGAGACAAAGGAAGAAAAAAAUCUUCCCACUGAUGAAAGAUUUUAAUUAUUUACCUUUUUCCAUAGGUAACUGAAGCAAUCAUUCACAAAACAUUGCCUGGUCGUGCCAUACUUGAUAAUUGAGGAAGUAACGUCCUGUUACCAUUUUCAGAUCCCUUGACUAACUGAUGAGCUAGCAGGAGCUAACCACUCAUUGCAUAUCAGUUUUGUAAGCAAUUUCUGGGGUCCAGUAACUUUAAUUGACCCUGUUAAUUCUCUGUAUUCAAAUUUCUAAUCAUGACAAGCAGUCAACUAGAAAAGAAGAGAUUCUACUGCCGAGAAUGGGUCUUCGUGAAGCUGUCAAACUGUCUUUCGCAACGGAGUUCUUCCAAGAAGAUGGGCGCCCUCAUCGUGGGCGGACCAGGUUCGGGCAAAACUGCAAUUUGUUGUGAGGCAGUUUGGCCAAGUUCCGGUACUUCAGCUAAGCCUCAGCGGUCUCUGAAUCGAUAUCUGCUUGCGUACCAUUUCUGCCAGGCACAAGAUCUUACCUCACUUUCAGUCGUUACGUUCAUACAGAGUCUGGUAGAACAGCUGUGCGCGAAGUCAGAUGAGCUGUGCACAGCUUAUACUAAUAAGAUCAAAUCGGAUCCAAGGGUGCAAGCGGCACUGGAGACUGAGGCCUUAUUGAAGGACCCUCAUGAUGGGUUCAAGAAGGCUGUGCUGCUUCCAUUGCUAGAGUUAGAUCCACCCAAGCAUUCGGUAUUCCUCCUCGUCGACUCGAUCGAUGAAGGACAGUCACUUAGAGCUGAGCGCCGCAGCCAGGAGCUCCGUACAAUCGCCGGGCUUCUGGCUGAACACCAUCACCUCUUUCCUAACUGGCUUUUGCUCGUUUGCACCGCAAGACGUCAGAGCAAGACUGUUGCAAAGAUGUUUUCGGGUUUUCGCAAACUUUGCAUUGAUGAUCUCAGAAAAUCCCAGGUGAUCAGGGACAUUCAGCAAUAUAUUCUAUCACGGCUGGAGUCAGAGGAGUCGCUGCGCCAACAUAUGUCGAAAGAUACAGCGGAGAUGUUAAAUCAGUUACACAUAAAGAGCAACGGCUGUUUUCUCUACCUAGAGCGUGUGUUGGAUGGUGUCGGUGAAGGCUGCAUCAUUCUGCGGGAGGUGAAAGAAAUCCCGGGGACUCUUAAUGGGCUCUACUUAUGGCUCUGCCAACGAUUACUUAGCACAAAACAUUUCUCAAAAGUUCGGCCAUUGCUGAAUAUAAUGCUGGCAUCUCAACGACCAUGCACAGAGGCUCACCUGGAGGCCUGUUUUCAUGCAUCUUUGCCGAGUCAUUCCCCCGAAGACUUCAGGCGCAGAUUCCAUCUCUUGAAACGUGUGUCAUGCAUCCUUCGCGAUGGUGCUGUUCUUCCUUUCCACUACUCUUUUGUCGAGUGGCUGCUUGAUGUGAAACAUUGCACGCGGCGCUUUUUAUGCAGCAGUCAGGAAGGGCAUAUGAUGCUCGCUCUCUUCUACACUCAAAGAGGAAACAAACUGACUGGUGAAGAAAUUCGUGACCUGGCCUACCAUUUAAGCCAGAUCAACCUUUGGGCAGGGGCUGUAGAUGCAACUUUAUUGGCCAAAGUGUGGCUAUUGGAGGCGGUAGAGAAUGUAACCCCUGCACUGGAAACUCCAUGUCUGGACAAGAAAGCGUGGAAAUUGCUCACAGAUUUAGACCAUCACUCUAACGCUAGCCAGAUUUCAAAUGAGGCAGCGUCUACGCCUGUCUCUGAAAAGGAUGCCGUUUCAGAGCUCUUAGCUGGAGAUGUUGAUGUGCGAGAUAGUAGUGGGAAAACCCAGCUUCACAACCUUGCCGCAGAAGCAAACCACGUUUUACUGGAAACUAUCCUCACUGCAUGUCCAGAUGUUGAUAUUGAAGCAACUGACAAACGAGGCCAAACCCCGCUCAACUUAGCUGCAAGGCAUGGACAUCCCAUGGUUGUUGAGGUGCUGCUGAAUGGUGGUGCCGAUGUGAACCACGCAGACGACGAUGGCUGGACAGCACUGCGAGCUGCUGCGUGGGGUGGUCACACCCAGGUUGUAGAAUCUCUCCUCCGAUGUGGCGCAGAUGUAGAUAGUAGAGAUAUGGACGGGCGAACAGCAUUGAGAGCAGCAGCUUGGGGCGGACACAACAGCGUUGUGAAGAAACUACUUGAAAAUGGAGCUGAUCCAAAUGCUAGGGAUGCUGAAGGUCGGACUGCACUCAUUGCAGCAGCAUAUAUGGGUCAUUCAGAAAUAGUUUCAGUUUUGCUUGAGUAUGGGGCUGACAUAAAUCAUCAGGACUCGGAUGGCCGUACAGCUUUGAGUGUUGCUGCACUCUGCGUCCCCGCCAAUGAAGGCUAUGCUAAGGUUGUAAGCAUUCUGUUGGAGAAGGGGGCAGAAGUCGACCACGAAGACAAAGACGGAAUGACGCCUUUACUUGUCGCUGCAUUUGAAGGACACAAGGAUGUGUGUGAGCUCUUAUUGGAAGCGGAAGCGGAUGUAGACCAUUGUGACAAAGCCGGGCGCACCCCACUGUGGGCUGCUGCAUCAAUGGGCCAUGCAGAGUGUGUUGCACUCCUGCUCUUCUGGGGCUGUUGUAUUGAUAGUAUUGAUUCAGAAGGUCGCACCGUGCUCAGUGUUGCUGCUGCGCAGGGCAAUGUUGGAGUCGUUUCACAGUUGGUUGACAGAGGCUUGGAUGAGCAGCACCGAGACAACUCAGGCUGGACGCCUCUUCACUACGCUGCCUUUGAAGGACAUACUGAAGUAUGCCGUGUGUUGUUGGAGGCUGGUGCGAAAGUGGAUCAGACGGAUAAUGAUGGGAAGGCCCCACUCAUGCUUGCUGCACAGGAAGGCCAUGUCAGUUUGGUGAAGGAACUCUUGACGGACCAUGGUGCUCCGCCCGAUCAAAAAGCACUUGAUGGGAGGUCUGCCUUGAGGUUGGCAGCACUGGAGGACCAUAUUGAUGUGGUGCGAAUUUUGCUAGCUGAGGGUGCAGAUAUUAAUGCCAAAGAUGCUGACAGCCGUAGCACAUUGUAUAUUCUUGCCUUGGAAAAUCGGUUACCCGUUGCUCGAUUUUUCAUUGAUCCUGGAGGAGCAGAUGUGGAAAGCACCGACUCUGAGGGCCGCACAGCAUUGCAUGUGAGCAGUUGGCAAGGGCAUGCUGAGAUGGUGAUUCUGCUGCUCACACUGGGAAAAGCCAAUGUCAAUGCAGUAGACAAUGAAAAUCGAACAUCGUUACACUCAGCUGCAUGGCAGGGUCACUCUAGUAUUGUCAAGAUCUUGUUGGAACAUGGUGCCAUCCCAGACUUUACAUGUAACCAAGGGGCCACUGCUUUAGGAAUUGCGGCUCAGGAGGGCCACGAAGCAUGUGUUCGAUUAUUGUUAAUGCAUGGAGCUAACCCUCUUCACUCAGAUCAUUGUGGAAGAAAUGCAAUGAGAGUUGCAGCAAAAAGUGGGCAUGAGACUGUCCUGAAGCUACUCGAACAAUUUUCUCAGUCACAGCACCGCAAUAGCAGUAAUGGUGGCAAUGGAAAUAGCAGCGGAUCUGGGUCGACAGCUGAAACAAAACCAUCAUCAGCCAUACUGGUGCCCGGUGGCAACCCAGUCAGCGGGGAAUCCCCCAUUGAGUCACCUGAGUCAACCGCCAAAAGGAGAUCUCUCGUGUCGAGUCGAAGCAAAUCCAGCUCGAAUCUUACCAAUAGCACAAAAAGCUCACAUCAAGAAACCAUUCAGUCCCAGGCUCCUCUCUCCUUUACGCAACAGCUGCAGCAGUGUUCAAGAGGGAAGGCAAGGUCCUCCUCAAAAAUUCUUUCUCCGCAAUCGCCCAUUUAUGCAACUCCACCCCACAGCCCAGACGAACCACCUCCAACGGCUUUUGUGUCUACUGACGAGCACUUCUCUCGAGAUACCCACAUGAAAAUCAUUUUGGGUAAUAAAAAACCCUCUCGCAAGUCCCCAGCCGAGAAGAAAAGCCAUGCAGAAAAAAAACGCAAUGGCAUUGUCACGAAUCCUGCACUGAGACUUGUUCCUGCAAUCCGAAGCGGUUUAGAGAUUGCAGCCGGUAGACGCAGCUUCUCCCAGUCAGCGCACACUGCUACCAACAGUUUUCAAUGGAGAAAGGAAACUCCCCUCUAAGGGCUUUUAAUGCUAUGACUGUGCAAUUUUCACCUUUUUUGUUGUCUGCAGUAUUGUGGGACAGUUAUAAGUCAUGCUGAGAUUACCUGAACCAUCCCAGUAGAAUUGUUUUAUUUAUUAUGUAAGUCUGCAUCUGUUAUCCUCUUUUUAAAAAAGAGGUAGGGGCCAAAAUGGUGAAGAACCCUAAUACCUGUAGGAAUAUGAUCUGUAAAUUUGUAUCAAGGUUUUUAGUGCUUAGUAUGUGUUUCAAUCAGUCAAUAAUUUCAGUCCUUGUAAAGUUCCUCUAAAGUUGCCGACUAAUGGAAAUUUCUAAAAAAUCAAAAGUUUGACCAAGAGAAUGGAAGAAAUGUUGAGUUUGGAUUCCAGGUAUUAAUUAUCUGUACUUUUAAAAUUUUAGGAAUCUAUAAUUUUCAGUAGUGUGUAGAUGACCCUGUGAAUUAGAACAAUCUAGUCAGUAUUGUUUAGUUUUCGCAGCAAAGAGUGCUGAUAAAUUGUUUCAAAGUUGUGCAACCAUUGUACUUGUAAUUCUGUUUCGAUGUUAACUGAACUUUGACGGAAGACAUUUGGGAAGGUCCUCUUCUAUUACGUAGGUUUGUAAAUCUGUCUGUGUAGUUGCCGUAGCACCUAGUGUCAAAAGCUUUUUGUACAUUUUUUAGUCAAUUGGUGUAACUAAAUUGUAAUUUAGUCUGUGAAUUUUACUCAUAGCUGUGUCAAUUACCACUCCGUCUGUUAUUUAAGAUAUUUAUUAUUGUAGUUGCCUGUGCUUUUUAGCAUGCCUGCAGGGUUAGCUAUCUGCUAAGUCUGCUUUCUGCUGAGGAGAUGAGGAACUUUUUCUAUCAGGAAGAAUGUCUGUAAGUGAGUUAUGAGCGAGUGGUAGUGAGUAUUUAAGAUCUUGCGCAAAAAGCAUCAGUUGUGGUAGUUUUGUUGGCUGUGCAAGUUAGUGCCACUUAAGAGGUUGAUAAUCUCCCCAAUUAUACAACUAAUGGGAACCCAAAGUUUUUUAGCAAUCGAAAUACUCUGGGGAUUUUUUUUUUUUUUUUUUUUUUAAAAAAAAAAUAUUUAUCAAAUUUUUCGAACACUUUGCAUUACCUUCAAAACUAGCUCCCUAUAACUCGCCAUACUCCUCUUUGUUUUAUUGUUCCGAUCAAAUAAUUUCAGGGUCGAAAAUAGAAUAUAAGUUCUCUCUAAAGCAAUGAUCUUGUAAUACUUAAUAUUAAGGGGGCUAUUUUACAAAGAAAUAAUUCUUUUUGCAACAGUAUCAGCUGUUCCAAAAUAGUAAAUAUAUGAAUAAAUAAAAAAAAAAUUUAAAAAAUCUGAGAUGAUAUCCAUAGACAAGCAAAUUUCUUUCAACAUUUGGGUAGUUUCUACCUUAUAAAAUCAUUCCGUUCUUUUUUACAUUGAAUACAUAUUGAUGGUAGUUUCAUGUGAAUGAUACAAUUAAAUUUAGUAUAUUUUUUUCUCCUGAAGAAUUAAAACUGCAUCCUCUCCUGUUUAAUAAGGUAAAAUCUUUAGUUUUCAACCUGGGUUUUAACUUUGUCAGAUGUUCCUGUUAUAUCAUUCUAAUUCUAAAUGAAUCUCACAUUCUAUUUUGAUUUGGAAGUAUUAAUUUUUGCAUUUAUUUUUUGUAGGUGAAUCUGAUGAGCUGUAAAAUUUAAUUAUUCCUUGAGGUUUACACUAAAUACUUAUUUUAGUCCCCAUACAUGUUUAUUCUCCGUUCAAACUUUGACAGGUCUGCUGCCUGUCAAAAUGCACUUGGAGAACUAACAGGUGAGAGGAAGUUCUGAGUUCUAAAAUAAGUUUUCAGUGCAAAUUUAGAAAACAUCUCCUGUUUUAAAAUUUUAGCCUUUUUGGGGUUUUUUCCUCAAGGUAUUAAACAUACCCUGCCACAUUUACACAGCAUGUAAUUUCAAGAAAUGAAUCCUCUUAUUCAUUUCAAAAACAUUCCACUAACAAAUAUCAAAAAUCGAUAUUUAGGUUUCCACUUCAGACACUAUUUUAAACUGAAUCUUUUGCUCCGACUCAGUUCCCAGUUUAUUCACUUCUAAAGUUGGGGGUAAAACAGUCGUCAAUCGUUUUUUUACAUUUGAACAAAAAUAAUAAGUUUUUGGCCUUUCUACAGAGCUAGAUAUUUAAAAUUUUGGAAAAUUUGAGGAAUUUCUUGAAAAGAUCAAAUUUUUCUCUGUCUUUGUGUUUUUACCACAGUCAGAAUGAAUAGUUUUAACUUGAUUUUUGAGAAGGAAAAUUGAGAGAACUGAGAAGAUUAAGGUCAAUUUUUAAAUUAAUGGCAGCUGCAUAUUGCUCUUGUUUAAGCAUGUCAACAUGUAGAUUGUUGAAUAAGGAAGUUUUGAAUUUUUGUUUUCCUAAAAUGUGUGGACGCUCCAUAUUGAUAAAGACUUUAUAGUAACAUAAGUAUCUAGUGAAAUUGAUAAGUAAAUAUUAAAUUAAAUUUUUCUGCCGUCUGAAAAAUACAUUUUAUAAUGUGCAAUUACAAGCAAUUUUUUAAGGUGAGGGUUAGGUUCCUAGAACUGUUUAGAAUGAGUUGAAACUAAGAAAAAUCAUUUGACUUAAUCCCUUUUUUUGCCAUUUAUAGUUGUUUUUCAGUUCACCUCCAAAUUAGAGACUGCUAUCUUUGACCCUUUUUUCAUGAGUAAAUGAGAGUUGAAUGUCUUGCUUCAGAAGCUACCCAACUCAAUACAAAUGGAAAACUUUAUUUUAUUGCGGAAAAAUGGUUUUUAGGGUCACUGGCAUUUUCUUAUUUUUAUAUUUUUUUCAUUAAAGUAUUGCAAUUCUGCUUAUUCUGAUAAGUGCCCUAUUCUGAAGUUUUGGUACGUUCAUAUUCCACCAUUAAGUGACUUGAAAGUUUCUUGUUCUUGGCUGCGGAAUUCUUCUUUGGAACUGAGUAAUACAUCCAAAAAUAGUUUUUGUUUACUAAUGAUUUUCAGCUGAAUCCAAUUUUUUACAUUUAUGGAAUCUUUUUUUUUUCUGAAGCAGGACAAUUUUGAAACAAGUGAUUCGAUUUAGUUCACCAGAAGAGAGCUUGUGAAGUUUUUGAGUUGUAAAAUCUUCCUUGUAAGUAACUUUAUCUGACAUAUUUUAAUGAGCCUCACUAAGCGAAGGGUUUAAGACGUUUCAGCAAUGAUAUUGUUCCAUCUGUUAAUCUCAAGGUAGUUUUCACCAAAUAUGUUUUAAUUAUGUACGUAAAAGAAGUCUGUUUUUUAUUAGAUAUCAGCAUUUCUUUUUAGAAAGAGAGAAGAUGUUCCCAGUGAAUUUUCUUCCCGCUGUUAAGAAUAUGAUCCGUUUUAUGCAGAAUUGAACGAAUAUUGAAUGUAAUUGCCUGAAGUCUUUCUGUGUCUCUGCUCUUCGUUUUCUGAUGUGUACGCACAUUAAAAUGUGGGUUAGAAUAGGCAAAAAAUAGAGACUGAAUAUCCUAGACCUGUCCUGUCACUGGGUCGAUUUCAUGAUUUUCUCUCAUUCCCAAUCUUUUUUUCCAUUGGGUCCUGUCACUGAAUUUUUCAAAGAGAAUUGGACAGUCCAGUUUAAAAACAUUGUGGUUUGAUUAUAUAGGGUCUUUACAUUCUUCUCUACGCUAAUUAAUAGACUGCUGUUGUUGAACAAAAUAUUCUUAAGUCUGCUCAGUUGGAUAAAAAGUGUCUAUAACUUUGUUAAAAUUAAAAAUUUUAAAAUGUUUCUCUAUUAGUCUCACUUGUUAAACAUGUAAAAAUCUACUAAUCCGUAUAGUUAUCAAAGCAUUGGGUUAGUUUAGAAGUUUUUGUUUUAUUAGCGUAUUUCAGCCUAUUGCAACAAUGUUUCAGAAAUACUCCUCAGCUUUUACAGCACCAUUAAUUUGUAUAUUUAAUUAUGUAAUAGCACAUCUCUCUUAGGCUUUUGCUUUGAACUAAGUCAAUGAAUCUCAUUACGAACUGCGAUAAAGACAAAACGAUAUCUCUUUUUAACAAAUCUCAUUCUCUCUUGCUUUAAAAAGAUUCUAAUUCUUAUUUCUUCUCUCUUCUUUUUAUGUUGCUGUUUCUAUUUUGUAUAUUCACCAUGAACUGUUUUUCGUCUGUGGUUUUUGAUCGUCACAAACAAUCAUGGUUAGAUUGUAACAUAAGUAUGUGUGUGAAUGUGUAGCCUUGUCUCUAAAUUGAUUUAUUUUAAUCUUCGUUUGAAUCACAUUAGAUCCAGCUCCCUACCUACCCUUGUUUAGUUUUCCUAUUUAAAAAUCAACUUCUUGUUCUGAUGGUUGAAUUAAGAAGGAACUGAAUGUACAUAUGUAUGCGUAACUUUUUCCUAAUAGAAACACGUUUUUUCCACA